GUUACUGCACGUAUAUUCGCUUAAUGUAGGAUUUGUUGUUAAGGAUAUACAGCUGCAGCCAAAUUCUACUGUUGGCGUACACCGUUUUCUGCGCGCGUGGGUGUGUAUAUAUAAAUAUAAAUAUAAUAUUGUAUUGUCGUGAUGCUCUCAAUCUCUUAGUAUCUCAAUUCUCGUUUGAACUUCCACCUAUCUCGCUUUUAUUUGCAAUCCGGUUAUAUUGAUCUCCAUGGGAGUUAUAUUUUUUGUAUAUACAUAUACGGAAUUGGCCUCCCUGCUCAUCCCAACAUCCUUGGGAUGAGCAUGGAAACUAGACCCUACACCCGCCAAGAUGAAGAAGUCGCAGCUAGUGUUCGUGCCCUGUCCUGGUAUGGGUCACCUUGUGGCCACAGUCGAGUUCGUUAAGAUUCUCAUCAACCGCCAUGACCGCCUUUCCAUCACCGUCCUCAUCAUCAGACCUACGGCUGACCCCACCGUCGACGCCUACACCCGCUCCCUCACUUCCUCUAUUUCCUUCCCAAAACGUCUUCAUUUCAUUUUCCUUCCUCCACACCCCGACCCUGCCAACUCUCACUCUCUUCAUCCAUCUGCCUUCAUGGACUCUCUCAUCGAAAACCAGAAACCCAACGUCAGAGCCGCCGUGACCAAUCUCAACUCGGGCCCGGACUCGCCUGGGCUUGCCGGGUUCGUCUUGGACAUGUUCUGCACCAGCAUGAUUGACGUGGCUAACGAGUUCGGGGUUCCCGCCAUGGUAUUCUUUACCUCGGGCUCUGCUUUUCUAGGGUUCAAGCUUCAUAUGCACACGCUUCAAGAGCGAGAGAACGAAGAUGCGACCGCGUUUAACUUAGAAAACUCGGACACUGAGUUUACUAUCCCGAGUUUUGAGAACCAAGUUCCCGUCGGUGUUUUCCCUGGCAUUACGUUGGACAAACAGUGGAAGCUAUUUUUCUUCAAUCAUGCGAGCAGGAUGAAGAAAGCAAAGGGCAUAAUAGUCAAUACAUUCGAGGAGCUGGAAUCCCAUGCGGUUCAGUCAUUCUCCAACAGUGAUCUCACUGUUUAUCCCGUCGGACCCAUAUUGAGUGUAGGGGAGAACAAGACGGUGACACAGGGAUCACACGUUAUGCAGUGGCUUGACGAUCAACCUCCUUCGUCGGUCCUAUUCUUGUGCUUCGGAAGUAGGGGUUAUUUCCAGGAGAAUCAAGUGAGAGAAAUCGCACGCGCUCUUGAAAGAAGCGGCGUCCACUUUCUGUGGUCUCUACGGAAGCCACCACCGAAGGGCUCGAUGAAAGCGCCAGGUGAUUACUCCAACCCGGAAGAAGUAUUACCGGAAGGAUUCAUAGCACGGACGGCUGAGAUUGGGAGAGUGACAGGGUGGGCCCCGCAGGCCCAAAUCUUGGCCCACAAAGCGGUGGGAGGGUUUGUAUCUCAUUGCGGGUGGAAUUCGAUACUGGAAAGUAUAUAUUACGGGGUGCCCAUUGCCACAUGGCCACUUGCAGCUGAGCAGCAAAUGAACGCGUUCCUGCUGGUUCGUGAGUUGAAACUGGGUGUGGAGAUCUCAUUGGAUUAUAGGAUAGAGUUGGGCAGAGUGAUAGGUGUAGAGAAAAUAGAGAAGGGAAUGAAAGAAGUGAUGGAGAAAGAUGGUGAGGUGAGGAAGAAGGUGAAGGAGAUGAGUGAGUUGAGCAGGAAGGCUUUAAUGGAGGGUGGGUCAUCCUUCUCUUAUUUAGGACGCUUUAUUCAUGAUUUACUGAGUUAGGAGUGAAGUUUUUAUUUCAAACUAUCAGUUUUGCUUUUAACAUUAGUAGUAGGAAAGCACACAAUUAGCAAUUUUAAGUCAUUUGCUCACUUCAUUGGAACUGAAAUGAUCCCUCAAUCAACUGGCACUCAAUUGCUUAUGUUUGUCGAUCGGUUA